AUGGCACCAGCUGAACUCCUUGGCUUGGCCCAGAACUUCAGAAAUGAGGUAAGGGCAUUGGAUGUUGAAUACCGCUCCCCUCGCGUUCUCGUGUCCGAUCUCUUCCUCAAAUCCAACGCAACGAUUCUUAAGCCGUAUACACAGUUGCAACAUCUACAGUCCACCAUGGGUCUCAAAUUCUACUUCGUUCCUUUCUCAACCGCCGGCGUGACGAUUGCUGUCUUGGCCGAGCUGGAACACGGUCUCAAAGAACCCUUGGCAGAGCGAAUUGAGCUUUCAUUCAAGAAUGGCGACACCCACACCCCCGAAUACCUGUCAAAGGUGAAUCCCAAUGGCGUGGUUCCAGCCAUUGUACACGACGGCGUUCCUAUCUGGGAGUCUGGGGCAAUUACCAUGUAUCUCGGAGAGACAUUUGGUGUCGACAGAUCGCUUUAUCCCGCCGCCGGCGUCCAGCGUGGAGAGGCAAUGAAGUGGAUUGUGUGGUCGGCUGUUAACCUUGCGUCUCACGGGCGCAAUCUUGGUGCUUUUCUACGGGCGGAGAAGUCGGAUGGCGAGACUGAAGCCCAGACAGAGGCGAAAAAGAUCAAUGGGGAAGCUGCGAAGAAGGGAAUAGACGAUGGGUUGGCUAUACUUGACGGUGCGCUGCAAGGCAAAGACUAUCUCCUUGGUGAUAUUUAUAGCCUGGCUGACACACACAUCUGGUCAUUUAUGGCGUGGUUGACUAUGAUGAAGGUGGAUGUGGACAAGUUUCCUAAUGUCAAGGCUUGGAGUGAAAGAGUUGGUAGCCGACCAGCUUUGAAGAAUGCUUUCUAG